ACCAUUCAAGAGAUGAUUCGAUUAUAAAUGAAUGUUGCGAAAGACGUUAAAACUUGCUUCCCUAAUAAUUCUCAUUUGUUUCUAACUUCCGAUGAAUUAAAUGGCCACGCGCUUCUCAGUGCUAAUUCAAAUAAUGAUUAUAAGGAUCAGGAUUGUAUUCUACAAAAAAAGGCACUAGUUGAGGAGGACAUAGUAAGAAUCAACCUUAAUAAUAUUAAAAGGCUAUCUAGUCAUACCUUCGGUGAUCUAAAACCUAUCAAUGGUAAAGAGAUAUCAAUAAUGAAUAAAAUGGAAGAUAUGAACAUAGAAAUGGACAACGAUAAUGCCAGGGUGACUAAGGAAAAAAAUAUUUUUACGCAGGCGAAUUACGAUGCAACUGUUCGAAAGGAUCUUUUACGGGGCCUCAACGGUUAUUGUUCCCCGGAAAAGAUUGCUAAUUCAGACCUUGAAUUCAUUGAAAAAGAGGAGAAAAAAACAUCCAUCUUAAGUGAGAGUAAUGAGAUGAAUGAGGUAUACAUUAACAAUAUCGAAGAUAAAAAAUUAACAAACAAAAUAUCUAAUCAUGAAAUUGUUCUAAUUUCUAAUACCGGUGAUUCUAUCAAUAAUUUAUCUAUCCCUUCCUGUCCCGAUGCAAACUCAACAUUCACGGAAUCGAAUGAUAUACAUUUUAAUAAUAUGAGCGGUCAUAAAUCUGAUGCUAUUACCAGUAUUAUUAAUAACAACUGUAAAAAUGAUGACAUUAAUUUCGAGAAACAAAUAAUUUUUGUAAACGCGGACAAUUCAGUUACCUUAAUUAAAAACGAACUGUUUUUAGACAAAAAUGAUUAUUUUACCUCCGACAACCUAGACGAAAACAUGGUUACGACAUUCAAUCAUUACAACGAUUUAGCUCAACAGUCCUUAUUCCGUAAGUUAUUGUUUAUUCCCACAUCUAUAGAUGGUUCAUCACAGCAAGAUAGGAGUCAUUCUACAGGUAAUUUAGGCAAACAUCAUUAUCCGUUCCAUGAUCAUGACGGGAGGCAAAUAAACAAUCAUAAUUCGGAACAUCUAUAUCCAGAUGACUUGAUUCAACUUCAGCAACAACAAUCCUUAGGUCAACAGCAUCAUCUAAUGGUCGGUGAUGUCCCAUACUUCCCUCCCCCGCUUCAUCCCCAUCCCAUAUACAAUCACCAUCACCUGAAUCACCAACAUGACAGUUUUUCUAUGACGGUUCCAGCUCCAAAUCAUUUGCUUAGAUCAGGAGCUUUAGAAGAUCACCAUAUUUUACUCAACCAAGGUCAUCUUAAUCAUAGUCAACAGCAUAACAAUAAUAUUACCCAACAUAAUCAAAAUCAAUUUCACCAUCCCGGUUUUACGGGAGCUAUACAAGCUCAAAAAUGUAUUGAUUCAAUUAUUAGAAACAAUAUAAACGAUUACCAUACCAAAACACAUAUGAGUAAUAACAAUAUAGUGAACCAAAGUAGCGAACGACAGGAAAUGAUGGAAAAUUCUGAUAUUUCCGAUAUAAAUAAUAUCACAAAAAGCUUUGUGUCUUUGGACCAGGGAAGACCACCGACUCCCAUUCAUCUACAUCAUCAACAUCAGAGAUUUAAAUUCCUGGAAAAUACUUCUCCAUCCCAAAAUGAUAUGGAGAGAAGUUUCCACAAUAAUCCGGUUAACUCCCUGAAUUUCACACCCGGCAAUGAGCCCAGUUCAGUCAACAAGAAAACUCAAAAAUGUAUUGAUUCAAUUAUUAGAAACAAUAUAAACGAUUACCAUACCAAAACACUUAUGAGUAAUAACAAUAUAGUGAACCAAAGUAGCGAACGACAGGAAAUGAUGGAAAAUUCUGAUAUUUCCGAUAUAAAUAAUAUAACAAAAAGCUGUGUGUCUUUGGACCAGGGAAGCCCAUCGACUCCCAUGCAUCUACAUCAUCAACAUCAGAGAUUUAUUCAAUUCAUGGAAAAUACUUCUCCAUCCCAAAAUGAUAUGGAGAGAAGUUUCCACAAUAAUCCGGUUAACUCCCUGAAUUUCACACCAGGCAAUGAGCCCAGUUCAGUCAUCAAGAAAACUCAAAAAUGUAUUGAUUCAAUUAUUAGAAACAAUAUAAACGAUUACCAUACCAAAACACUUAUGAGUAAUAACAAUAUAGUGAACCAAAGUAGCGAACGACAGGAAAUGUUGGAAAAUUCUGAUAUUUCCGAUAUAAAUAAUAUCACAAAAAGCUGUGUGUCUUUGGACCAGGGAAGCCCAUCGACUCCCAUGCAUCUACAACAUCAACAUCAGAGAUUUAUUCAAUUCCUGGAAAAUACUUCUCCAUCCCAAAAUGAUAUGGAGAGAAGUUUCCACAAUAAUCCGGUUAACUCCCUGAAUUUCACACCCGGCAAUGAGCCCAGUUCAGUCAUCAAGAAAAUCUCAUCGGCUAGUAUAAGACCGAAGAUAGAAAACAAAGAUCUAAUCAUAUCUCCAAACAUUGUAUCACCAAGCGAUAUAUUCUGUUCAGUGCCGGGAAGAUUAUCUUUAUUAAGCUCAACGUCAAAGUACAAGGUUACGGUGGGAGAGGUACAAAGAAGGUUGUCACCUCCUGAAUGUUUGAAUGCUUCUUUGCUAGGAGGAGUGCUUCGAAGGGCUAAAUCUAAAAACGGUGGUAAAACUUUGAGAGACAAGUUGGAAAAAAUAGGACUUAAUUUACCAGCUGGAAGGAGGAAAGCUGCAAAUGUUACACUUCUAACAUCGUUAGUCGAAGGCGAAGCCGUUCAUUUAGCCAGAGAUUUUGGGUAUGCUUGUGAAACGGAGUUUCCUUCUAAACAAGUGGCUGAAUAUAUAUGCCGUCAACAUGACCCAUCAGAAUACUCGACAUAUAAGAAUAUGGUUCUAGCAACUAAACAAGUUACUAAAGAACUUCUUGAUCUCCUCAAUAAAGACAGAUCCCCCCUAGGUAACUCAAGGCCUCAACAAAUCCUAGAACCCAACAUCCAAAAAAAUCUCACACAUUUCAGCCUAAUCACCCAUGGUUUUGGUUCACCGGCUCUUUCGGCUUCCAUUCAAUCUAUACACAAUGUGUUGAAUGAAAUGCUAAAAGCCAUGGAAAAGGCCUCCAUGUCCUCUCAAAAUUCUGGGUACGGAUUAGUCACAGCCCAAAACGGUUCUCAAAACAAUGUGUGGAAUCCUCCUGACAAUUCUCAAUAUUCAAAUAACAAUCACAUGCUAGAUAAUAGCGAAAAUCCCUUAGGGGGAAGUCAAGGACUAACUCAUUACGCUUUAAAUCAACAUCACGGAAUUGUUACCCAUAAACGCGGCCCUCAUGGCAACUCAAAAAAUGCGGGGACUGGUAUAAAUCCCAACAAAUCUCUUAGAAAUUCCGUUAUAAACAAUCACAACGCCAAAAAAGUGAAAAGUAGCCAUAGCAACCAUACGUCUGAUAUGUCGAUGUCCGACAAAAAAGAUUUAUAUGAACAAAAGCUAAGUCAAGAAAAGAUGAUGAUGGAUAUAAGAAAUUUCACCGAGAAUAUUCCUUUGGAGCAACAGCAUCAAGCCAGAGAAAUGAUCUUGAACGCUAAUUAUGGCAUAUUGAUGAACAAUCAGGACGAUUACGGUACCAAGGAUACAGAAAUAAAUGUUCCUAUCGAUAAUGAAAACCAGCAAAGGUUGUUGGGUAUCAACAAUUUAAUGGAUGAGACCAAGAGGCGUCACCAGGCCUAUUUUUUUGACGACAAUUCCCAGCACAACUCUGUCUACAAUCAGUCAUUAACGACUAGCCAAGAUCACCCCAAGAAAGCUUACCUGCAGCAAACAUAUACGCCGGAUGCUUCAUAUAGCGAAAAUGGGGACCCCACUCCCGACCAAUUUGACGAACGGCGGUAUAUGAUAAUCACAUCAGAAUCGAUCAACAGAGUUGAAAUCAGCGAGGAAGACAACGAUUCUUCCAAAAAACCUUCAAAUGUUAAUCAUAAUUUAAGGCAAGAUAACGAUGUUGAAGAUUAUGGCAUGUUAGAUGUACGUUAUAACGAAAAUCAAUUGUUGGAUAGCAAGACUGAUUCAUUCAACCUUCGUGGAUCUAUGGGUUCAUCUCCAGAAUCAGAACCCAUAAAGGAAGUAGGUCUUGUUGAUGAGGAAUUAACCUUCUCUUCGUCGAAACAUCCAUUGGGAUUCAAGAAAUCCAAAUACAUGGAUGAUUUAAACGAUAAAUCAUCUGACAUUUCUAAUGUGGAAGGAAUGGAAUCCACCAUAAACUGUAUGAUAAUCAAGAAGGGGAUCAAAGAAUUAUCUUAUAGUCGCCAGUCUUCUCCAGACAAUGUAACCGAUAAUGUAAAUGUAGUUCAGGAAGAAUGAAUCUUCCUUUUUCUUCCACCAUAUAUAAAUUUAAGAGAAACAAACCUUUUACUCAAAAUUCCUCUAAAUAAAAUUAUGCAAUUUUAGAUAAAAUAACGAUAUUUUUUCAAUGUCAUAACGUUUUUGCAAUAAUGAUAUUUUACUUUAGCCUGAUUAACCGACAUUUAUCUUUAGUUUUGAAAUCAUAUAACGAUUCUUUAUUAUUGAUAUAUAUGUUCCUAUUUAUUUCAUACAUUAUAUAUUUCUUUUAGGAAAAUUUAUACAAUAUUAUAUUAUAUACGUAAUUAUAUGUUUAAAAUUUAUUAAUAAGGAAAAUUAAUAAUUUUUUAUUUUCUCCAUGGAGGGCUAUCAAUCUCAUUUUUAUAAAAAAAGAUCUUAUUUCUUUAUAUAUUAUAUUUAAUAUUAAAAAAAACUUUGAAAUUUAUUUAGAAAUUUUAACCGCGAGAUACAUUCACUAUUUUAUUUUAAGAUAAUGUUGAACAUUCUACAUCCUCGUAAUCAUUCCCGUUUCUUUAAAAUCUUAAAAGAUUUAUUAAUAAAUCAUGUAUAAACUAUAAAAUUAAUAUUUUUUGGUGCUGUUUAUUUUACAGAAUCUUCAUUAUAAU